AUGUUCCACCAACAUUCUUCGGUUUCCACUCAGGAUAUUAGGCGGGAGUAUGAGAGAAAAGACAGUGUGCGAAGUAGAAAAACACGGCAUCCUAAACAGGAGCCGUCAAUGAAUGAUUCAAGAUAUCUAAUGUAUACCGAUAAGGAAAGUUACAUUAGCGAUACUGCCGGUUUCACUCGAUCGGAUGCAAAGCGAAAAUCUACAUUUCGAUUAGUCACGGAUUUUUUUCGUCGUCGUUUACGGAUUAGCCAAAAAGAUAAAAGAGCACAACUUGGCUAUGAAAAUUUUUCAACUGACGUAUACCGACAUGAUUUUCAGAAUGGCUACCAGGUGGCAAGCAACACUGGAACGCCAUACUCGCAACGGAGAGGGUCGGUACGUGGAGGCGCACGAUCAUUGGGGAAAACGGGUUCGCGGUCGAGGUCCAGUUCUGGUGGGACACAGAGUAUACAAAGACCGCGAUUACGGGACAAAGUGACAGAUGAUAUUGAUGGCCGAACGUCUCAGAGAGAUUAUUCACUAAAAAGGAAUAAUUCGUUAACGACUAUACGAACGAGCGGGAAAACACAUCUGAUGAAUAGUGAAUCGGCACCUGAUAGCUUUGUUCGAAGUGCAGAUGAACGCGCCAGUCGGCAUGGAAAUCAUCAGCGAAGGCUUUCCCGGUCUGGCUCUAGCCGAACGUUUGCCGAGGAUGCAGAAAGCGGAUUUGAUUCCCCGACGGGUUCCAACAGUAUUCCGGUCUUCCUUCCAUCAGUGCCUUGUGUGACAGGUUUACCGAACCUGGGCAACACCUGUUAUAUGAAUUCAAUUCUCCAGUGCCUAUCUGUUGCUGAUACAUUAGCCGAAUAUUUUGUCACAAACGCUUACCGAAAGGAUCUUAAGUUCAAAUCUUUGGAUGGUAUCCGAAGCAACAGUGUUGCCGUGGCAUUCCAUAAAGUUCUAAAAGCCCUUUGGUGCAACGAGCCGAGUGAACAGUGCAUUCAGGAUUUUCGCUCUGCUAUUGCAUUGUAUAACGACGUUUACGCAGCAAACUAUCAGCAGGAUGCUCAGGAACUUCUUGUCUGGUUGCUAGAUAGAUUACACGAGGAGCUGGACAUUCCGUCUUCUUGGAAUUCGUCAGACUUGACGGAACAGCGUUUUGAAGAAUCUUCUGCACUGAAGCGUAAUGAACAUCGAUCAGCUAUAACGAAUAUUUUCUCAGCGUGUUUUUUGUCAAGCGUUGAAUGUAUGAGUUGCCAUUUUAGGACGACCAAACCUGAUCCCUUCACUUGCGUUUCUCUUCAGGUUCCAGAACAGGAAACCCCUGUCUUUAUAACACUUGCCAGACUACGCAAACCUCAAAAGUUGUUUUGUCUUGGAUUGAAGGUCAAAAUGAAAGGCAAAAUUAAGGAUGUUGAAGAGUGCAUUAGCCGCGGGUUUAUUGACAGUGGGAAUCUGGUGAUUGUAACGCAACUUAGUGAAUUUGGAUUUACCUUCCUUGAUCGUUCUACCACUAUCAGAAAUUUAGAUCGCAGCGAAUUGUUCGCCAUUGAAAUGACUCCAUCUAGUCGAGACAAAAUUGCUAUAGUAUUUGUGGUGGUUGAUUCGUCAGGUAAUGGCGAACGAGACCAUGGAGUCCCGAUCACUCAGCCUUUCGUCUGUUCGGUUUCGCGUUUCGCUGACUAUCAAGAGAUUUGUAAUUUGCUUCUUGAAGCAAUACAAAGGUGCAGGGAAAGUGAUUAUAAUAUCAGGUUUCCUGACCUUCGUUCCUUUCAACUGGUUGUGUUCGAUGGAUGGAGGAAGCUUUUUUAUCUUGAUCCUUGUGCUUCCAAGCCGCUUUGUAACGAUCCUGUUAAUAAGUCGCUUGUGGAGAUCAGCAACGAGUAUAAUGAAUCUACGCUUAUACUGCAGCUCCUUCUCAUGACGCGCAAUAUAUCUUUUUUGAGCUGGGUAAUAAGUGAGUAUCGGGAAACUGAGUUCCAUCCAUCGUAUCAAACUCUCAAAGAUCUUGGGGCAUCUACAACUCUGACAGAUUGUUUAAAGGAGUAUACUCAUCCCGAGCCGUUAGUCUGGACUUGCGGCAAUUGUGAAGGGAAACAUGGAGAAAAAACAAUGCAGUUUGAGUCGCUGCCUGAAGUUCUUCUAAAAGACGGAUCGAUGGGCAAAUUGGCGCGGAAAAUUGAUUAUCCUACUGCAGCGUUAAAUAUGUCUCCUUUUAUUAGUCAGGAAUACCAUGAGUAUGGAGAAAAAACGAAUGAAUAUAGUACUCGGCAGCAGCAAAACCGGCAGCCAAGGGCAACAACCGAUGCUGUAUAUGUUGAUGUCAACAUGGACAACGUUUACGACCUUUUUGGUAUUGUACAUCAUAUGGGUACCUCAACUGAUUCAGGUCAUUACACAGCUACUACCAAAAAUCCAAUAGACGGCAAGUGGCGGUACUUUGACGACACAGUAGUUCAGGAAGUAACUUCGCCUACGACAAUCGAAUCUAGCACUGUAUAUCUUUUGUUUUAUGAAAGGCGUUCUGCCAGGAGGCAGAUAAACUGUUCGUCGUCGGGUCAUUCGAGCACGGAAUCUGGCAUUCAGGAGCACUGGUUUAACCGAAUAGCUGUCAGUUUGACAGCUAAAAGUAAGUGGACGAAUUUGAGGACAAAUCAGCAGUUUAACGAUGAUGAGGAGGAGCCUAAAUUAUCGGCGAGUAAGGAUGCUUCUUUGGCUGUUGGAUCGAGGCAGUUUCAAGCCAAGAACGAGUUAUUGGCAGGGAACUUUCAGCGAAACGAAUUUGUCAGAAACAAUCGUUCACCUAGCGUUUUAGCACCCCAAUACCAAUCCCAAAUUUCCAAAAAUUAUUUGACCAGAACUGACAGUACCGCACAAAAUGUUUGGUUUUGA